UUCCACCAAAGCCUUUUGAGAUUUCUCUCGAUUUCUUUGGUUUGCCCCUUGGUUAUAGACAACCUCUCCGCCACCCCCUCCCCUCCUCCAAUUAUGAAUUUCGUACCGUCAUCAAUCAACAGCAUCAGCGUAAUGUUGAUUAUUAUCAACAUGCUCAUAAACAUCAUCAUCAUAACCAUAACAGUCGUCAGUUGUGUAGUACGCUCCAUCAACAUCAUCAUCAACUCCCGUAUUUUGUACGAAAUUGUGAGCAUGCACCCUUAGAUAGGUAACGUUGCCAAAAAAAUCAUUUAAAGUAGCAAUUUCUGUCGAAAUUGUUAAACCUAGCAAUUCUCUGUUCCGGGUUGAUGUGAUCGAUCUUGCAUCUCGCAAUCUACAGACCUUUUUAAAAAAUGGACUUCAGAUUUGAAACCGUCAUCUUGGAAAACGUCGAUUUAUUCUUAUUCUUAUUUGCAAGUCCUCCAAUGAAAUGAAACAAGGCAAGUUCUAUCUAGCCUGACGAGAACUGGGGGACUUAUCCUUCCAAGUCCCCCCCCCCCUGCAGAUCGAUUGUUUUAACAUAUUAGUUGAGGAGGAUUGAGUUUUAAACCAGGGGUAAAUGUGCUACGUAUUACAUUUUUACCCUGUUAGCGAAAUUUGAGUGGCCCACUUAUCGCAAAAAACUUUGCAUCCGAGGUUCUUUACUUUAGCCAAUAUGUAUGCACUGAAAACUCUAUUGUGGUGACAAUGACCCCCUGGCGUUUCUUCUUUGUGAAAAAUCAUCAGCAUCAGCUUGUAUCUCUUCCCCUCCUUGGAGCUGAAUAAACAUCAACCGAGCAAAAUAGAAACAUUCAAUCACGGAACUCAGCUCAGGUUUUUCUGACGGGGAAUAGUGUUGGAGACAAACUGUUAGUUGUUUGCGAUAUCUGGCUACAGUUAGAUGUGGGAGAUCUGCUAUGAAUCAAUUGUAGAAGUGUCGUAAGCCACCAGGAGGCUGUUUAUUCUAGACCAAAACAAAAGACCGCCCUCCAUGAUAUACUUGUGAACCUAAAUGUGCUUUGGAAUUCUUUUCUUUGCCACGAGCGCCAUGAGAAGAUUGCAUCGGUUUAUGCCGGUCUUCAUCGUCCUGGGAAUCGCCAUAUUCCUUGUGCUGAACGUAAUUAUAACGAUUAACAUUUAUGAUAAACGAAGCAAGAGUCAAAGAUUGGGGAAAAGAUAUCUAGAAUCAUCUAUGAACGGAGGAGUUGACGGCUUUGAUGUGAUGUUUGGUGACAAACCGUGUGGUGUGCCAUGUGGUAAAGCGAAGGAUUCAAAACUGUCUAGUGAUCGAGCUUCAGUGAAGACCAACAGCGGUGAAAAUUCGUUCUCUCCAGUAAUUGUGAACGAUAUAGAUGAUUCAAAUAAUGAAUCUCCCUCGCAUACAACAAUCUCAACGGUAGGUAAACAAUUGGACCGAGCGGAAGUUCGAUAUAAAUUCACAGAGUUGGUUUCAAACGACGACUGCCCCGUAUAUCAGUUGAAUAAUAAAUACUUGCGGCAUGGAAGCCAACAGAAAGUUUCUUGCAAGCCACAUAGGCCUUCGUCAGAGGCUUGUGUUUUUGCUGAAAAGCAAUAUCCUUUUGACCCGAGCUUACUUAAAUGCAAAAACUCACAGACUGUUGAGUUUUGCAAAUUCAAACGAAGUGGGGGGAUAUCUUGCAUUUUUCCAACGAUGUGCAAAUCGAUUGAAGUUCAUGGCGUGGAUUUAGGGACUGGAAAAAUCAGGAUUAGAGGUGCCUUUUCAAGUAGAAAGAGGCUUGAGAAAGGAUUAUUGAAAAUUCUUCACACCACUGCUGAGAGCGGGUUAAACUUUCUGUUUAUCUCUUGUGUUCCUCACAACGGGACGGUUGAUUCCCCUCAACAGUUGUUUACGUGGUUCACCCCUAUUACCCAAAAGCAUCUGAAGCGCCCAGCGAUUAAUAUGAAUAUCGUUUUGUUAGAUUCGGUAUCUCGAUCCCAUUUUUAUCGCUCGCUUCCCAAACUGAUAGACGAGUUUAAAAGAAUAAAUUCCGAUAAAGACUCUGGUGGUGAAGUACUUGACUUCAUCUCUUUCCAAUCGUUACACGGUCACAGCGCAGAAAACGCACACGCCUUAUUUUCUGGAUCGGUUUUUCCAAACAACAUUACGAAUUAUCAACGAGAGAGAGCCCCAAUCGGCAUCGAUGUUCUCUAUAAGCAAUUCAAAGAUGCUGGUUACGUCACGAUGUACCAGGACGAUCUAUGUUGGUCGGGCAUCUGGGGUUUGCGAAUGGAGCUUGGUCUGCCCAAGACGUGGAAGGGAUUUUGGAGAAAAGUUAAAGAUUCAUUCAUUGACAAUACUGGCCUUUCUGUCGCAAGCUGCAAUAUCUUAAAAAGCCUUGGACUUGAAAACCCUUUCGGUAAAACGGAAGGCAAUCAAAUUUGCUUCAAUGGUCAGUUCCAGCACGAUUUCUGGUUACGUUACGCUGAGAUGUGGCACAAGUACGCACGUGGCGCCACUAUCAGCUACACUGCUCUCAACGUGGCUCACGACUCUCGUGGCAUUAGGACGCAAACCCUGAAUUUGGGGCUUGUUUCUCACGUCCAGGAAAUGUUGCAAUCGGAUAAGACUAUAACUGUGUUCUUAGCUGAUCAUGGUAAUACAUACACAUCGUAUGUAAGAAAGAUCCUCGAGGGACGAUAUGAAAUGUAUCACCCUUCCUUGUUUAUGCUGAUACCUGAUGGAGUGAAGGAUAUACUCGGUGAAGAGAUUAUGGACACCCUAAGGGGAAACCAAAACCGUUUAGUUACCAUGUUGGAUUUGAAUGCUGGGUUUCGAUGGAUUGCAGAAUUGGCAGCAAACCUAAAGUGGUCGGAAAAUCGGGGAAUAUUCGGAGAGAUUCCUCCGGAAAGAACGUGCAAUGAUUUGCCUCUUAAGCUGCCAAAUUUUUGCGUUUGUGAGGGCUGGGAUAAUGUUGUUAGUAAUGAUAGCACCCAAAUGGCGGUCCUAGAAUUUGGCGUGGGCUACCUGAAUUCAGAGAUUGAUCGUCAGUGGCGCCAACACAGAGAUUCAAUCUUAGAAACAAGCUUUGACGCCGAGGAUAACAUUCCUAUCGCGCGGAAAUGUCAUCAUUUAGUGCCAAUCCGCUUCGAAAACGUCCACGAGAGAAACUCGGGGGAAACACUUAUAACUAGCUUUGAUUUCGUUGUUGCUGCUGGCGAAGGCGUCGAUCAUAAAGAGGAUACAUUUCAUGUGGAAACGCAAUCAAACAUUAGACCUGGCGUUACUGAAAACUAUUUAAAGAUGCUCAGCUUUGAUAGAAUAUCACCGUAUGGUCCUUACGAAGCAUGUGGUGACAAAGGAAUACGACCAUUACUUUGUGUAUGCUCCAUGAAAAGCCGGGUGGCAAAAAAUGGAUUAUCAUACAUCGGACAGAAGUCAAUUUCAAACCUUUGGCAGUACAUGCCGAAUCUUUCUGGAAUACCUUCCAAGAAAACAUUAUUUAAUAAGAAAAAAGACAACUGUAUAUACAUAAUUUCAAGAGAUUAUUAUGUAGUUUCCAGCAAGGGGAAAAUAGACGAAACAAGCAUUGGCGGAGCUAUUCUUGAGGCCUUGAACAUUUGCCCGAAUCAAUCUUUUCUUGUCCGGAUUCAGCUACAUCCAACCUUCAUGAAAGUAUCCGGUAAACGGUUAUUUAGUGCAAUUGUCCAUGAAAAUUCAUUAAAGAUGUUAACUGUAUUGGCAACCGAGAACUUUUCAUGGAGAACUAGUUACAGAUUUGACUAUGAAGUCUUGCAAUUUUGAUCAUUCGAUGCUUAGUGUUGUCUUAAAGGCACUACGUCCCGACGCAUUUUGAUGGCAAUUUAAAUUCCCAUUGGAAGGACUACACAAUAUGCCUAUUGUUGUGUAUCCAAUCGGCUGACGGGACACAGUGCCUAACUCUGGACGGUCGACUGACGGGACAUAGUGCCUUUAACUAAUAUUUAGAGUAUCAAAAUUUAAUAACUUACCACAAUUGCAAUCACAACGUCACAAAAGAUUCAAGGGAUCGUUAAAUGUUGCUCAGUGAGUUUUUUAGUUAGGUUAAAUGUCAAUCGACUUGAAUCAAAGUCAAUAAAGCCCCUGAACUGGGAGGAAGCUAUAGGGGGGUGUUCGGGCGUUUGACACCCCCAUUGAAAAAGAUUCAGUUUCAAAACCCCAAAAGGUGUGCUUAGUCGGCGAACAUUUUGAUGUUGUUGGCAAUUAAGGAUGGCUUACCUUCUUUUUGGCAAAUGGCACCUUGAUACCCCUGGUUUGCACAAUAUCUUGGGAUGGUCCUUGAAGUACUGGAAAGGUUUACACAACCACAAUAAACAUGCAUUCUAAAGUAUUUCUCUUCCUUGUUGGAUAAUGAUCAAACAUUGGGUAGUGAUCAAACGAUAAGCUCGUUUAAUUAGUUCAUUGGCUAUUUUCGUUAUCUUGUGCCUUUGCUCAUUGCCCGAUGAUGGAAUUUCUGAGGAAUUUCGUACAAAAUGUGUUUUAGUAAGGUAUAUUUCUGCUUUUCCAUGCUUCUUUGCAGUGGAGCAAUGCUACGAACAAAACCUGCACCAACUUUCGGAAGAAGUUUCAAAAUAAUUCUUUAUUGGCCACUGCUUGUACAUUUUGAUAACACUACAAUUUUUAAGCAGCUGAUAAAGGCUCUUCAGUACUGUCCCAUCUGUCUUGGAAUCAGAAAAAGGAGAAUUUUUUUGGCAAAAUAACGUAAUCAAAAGGUGCUCAGAUUUCCAGCCUUUCAAUUGAUUAGUUGAUGAAAAAGAUUGUUCGCUAGAUAUGAACGCAUUAAAGUUAAUUUAUACUCACAAUUCAAGUUCUUUCAUCAAAUGAAUAAAUUAAAAACUUGAUAUUGUUAGCAUUUAUGUUGAGGUACUCUUCUCAUGAGGUGAAUGAAGAGAUUCGAAUUGUAUAAAUUAUAUGCACUAAAGAUUGAGCUAGCGUUUGAUAUCUUGUUAAUGAGAUCUUAGUUACCGCUUUUUUUUAAUGUCCUUCAACUAGUUUGUUUGAUUUGACAAUUUUUGACAGUUUUCAGUAAAGUUAAUAAUAACAUAUUUCGUAUUCGAAGCCACAAAGAGGCUAAGGAAAAUCCAUAGCAGAUAUUGUGUUUGAAUUCGCUGUGGGAAAUAUUGCGCCUAUGCCCACUCUGAAAUGUUUUGCGUUGGUGCCCACUGUGAGUAGAAGUGUACAUUUUGAUACUAGAUUCACUUCCAGUGCCCAGCCUUUUCCAAAACCCACUGCCAAACUCACGAACUCUGGCCCAUGACUCAUCCUCUUCUCGCUUUUCAGCAUUGGCGGACACCUGGAAAGGGGGCGAGGGGGUUAUAACCUGUGUUUUUCAAACCAAAACCAACAAAACUUGAUCUUACCUCUCACUCUCUUUCCCUCUACAACCCCCCCCCCUUCCCCCUUCUCUUUAUAAGUCUUUACUAUAGGAUUUUUCUUAGGCCUCUCUCUAACAUCACUGACAAAAAAAUGUGCCCUCUUUCUGUAAUAUCGCACUGGUAACCAUUAUGGGAACCAAUUACAUAUAUAACGUUAACCAGUCACUCUGAACACUUGAUUCCAAGAUUUUUUUAUGAAAUUUGUUAUCAAUAA